AUGAGCUUCUCCGGCGUCAGUGACAUAGUUAAGGGCGUAGAGUUAGCGAUCAAGCUCUAUGACUAUGGUUUCACUUAUGAGAAUAGAGCAGAUGUGCGAUAUGCCAAUUUUCGACGAGAGGUGCUGGAAUUCAAGGAGUUGCUUGACAAGCUGAAUGCCGCUCUCAAGGAAGCACAGCAGCGAUGGGAGAAGAAAGCUCUCUCGGGGAUCAGACCGUUGGAGAGAGAUUUCGAAAACGAACGGAAAACCAUUGUUGGUGACUUCCACAAGACUUUGAAAGAAUGCGACGCUUUGCUCCAGAAAAACAAGCACUUUCGCGACCGAGACUCUCAUGUGCUGGAGAAUUUGCAAUACAAUCUUGGCCAGCAGGAGAUCAAAGCAGAUGUGCUGCGACGUCGUUUGCACUUUCACUCGUUGAAGAUACGCCUGGUGAUUGAUCGGCUGUCAGUCAAUAUGCUCACCGACCUGGAUGAUAAAGUUGACGACAUUCUUGCGAUAUCCGAGCAGAAUCUGCAAGUCUCGCAGGAGAUUCGGCUUGAAUUGGCACGGUUCUAUGCCUCUUGGUUGGGCUAUGUGUCGGGUCAGGGCGCUCCCCAAAUACCUGCCUCACAAGAUGCGUUUCCCGUGAGCGAGGUGAUCGCACGGAAGUUUGAACAAUCAAUGCAUGCAGAUGGAGAUGCAAAUGCACAGAUCGAUGUGCCUCUGAUCAAAGGCUUCGAUUCGUUGCUUGAACAUUUUGAGGAAAGUCGAGAGGACGGAUCCAGCCAGACGCACCGAGGAUACCUACUGUUUCUCAAGUCGAGGUGGCUGCUUGAGCGUAUACUGGAGAGCGAGGAAUACAAGAACGCGCGACCUGGCUACUACUACAGGCGUGCAGUGAACCAGGUUCAGCAAGCGAUCCUGACGAGAAUGGCGAGCUCGACGAGGCUCAUCUCAUACCCGGAUGAGACUUUACUAGAGCUUCCAGACUCAGACUUUUGCGUGUGGCCGGUACCUGUACUCUCCGAGGAUGUUCAGUAUCGCAAGCCUGAUCCUAUCAUGGUACGCGGUGGGGAAGAGAAGCUGUGCUCGAUGGACCUGGCGUCAAGCUCUCCAGAAGACGUCGAGUCGCUGACUGCGAUCAAGAGCUCGGAAGAGCGCCUGCGUAUCGUACAUGAGAGUGGAAGUCAGGCAGCGCGAGGGAGGGUCGUGGUCACACAACACGAGCUGAUCGUGACAGAGGAUCGAUUGAUACCUCGUUACGCAUUCCCAACAUUAGUCGAGCCUUGUCUAGAGCUCGCGAUCUUUUGUCGCAACGCGGAGUAUUUCGACUUCAAAAGUAUCGAGGACGUCCACCGACUGCAGGGUGCAUUGAUGGGAUAUCAAGUCGCACAUGAGGAGAGCCGAGUCCGGUGCCAGUUCAGUGAUGAAGAGCUUGCAUGCAAAGGCUUCAGUCGUGUGCAGCUGUGGCAAGAGCCGAUCGUGCUUCCAACAGCUCCAUCACAAGUUGGCUCGGAUUGUUCCCAAGCGCAUGGUUCUCAUUCCGCCCGGCUCAGCUUGACACAUUCGAUCACAGCACCGAGUACGGUGCACGCUAUUGGCGAAGGCUUUGAGUCGGAGCGCGCAAAGUCUUCGUGCAUUGUGAUCUUCACGCAGCUGGUCGAGAAGUCCAAAAGGGGGAAAGAAAGGAAGAGUUUCGCGGCUUUCGCCGUCGACCUGGACAACGACAUUUACAUCGAUCCUACGUCCUGCCCUUGUCAUCGAGAUCCCGGAUGCACCAUAGUCGCACUGAGAGCCAGAAAGGAUUCUCGGUCCUCGUUCAACGUGCGCUAUGUGUCGUCCGAAACCGACUCUGAAGGUCGACCGGAUCCUAUCACAUUCAACAUAUUGCCUCUGCGUACGCCAUCACAUCCUCGCUCGCGCGGGAAGGUUUCAAUCAAGAGCACCGAGUAUCUGAUGCUGAUAUUCCCGGAUUUGGCAUCGAAGAAUCUCUUCAUUGAGGAGCUUCACCUUCGCUUCGCAGUCCGAGAUCAGCAGAUCAGAGACCAGAAAAUCUUCGAGCAGAGCAUGCGAUUUCGUCAAGAGCAUCCAACGUCGGUCCAGCAGUACCCAGGGCGGAACAAUCGAUCAGGCCAAAAAUCUCCGACACAGGUAGCGCAGUCGCGAACAUCAUCAUUUGCUAUACCUCCUGGCAAAGGUUCCCAGCAACAUCGCAGCAGCGUUGCAACGGGAUUGUCGUUUGCCUCAGCUAGCUCAGAUCGCUCAGGCAGAGUGAGCUCGAUCAGCACAGCGAUUGACUUAUCCGUUCAACCAUCUCAAGACCAGAUAAGGCCCGUAGAACCUGCAAUCUCGCAUCGCGAGAGAUCCGAUUCUGGAUACGAAUCCAGAAACAAAGAAGUGAUGCUUUCAUCAUCAGCAGCGAUGCCCGAAUCCGCACCUGCUCCCGGAAAGGAACAACAGGCUGGACGGCAAAAGACUUCUAGCUGGCGAAAGUUGAAGUCUACGAUGCGACAGUUAUAAGUGUGAUCACGUCCGGCACAUAUGCAAGGUCCUUGCCAGAGCAUUUUACUGUGCUUCAAAGAGAUCCCGUUUGAGUGCUUGAGCGGUAGGAGGCUGAGGUCGAUCCGCGCCCUGAGAACCGAAAGGGCUGCUUGGAGGGAGGCGUUCUGGAUGAAGACUGGCGAUGAGUCUUGGAGAUCCGAAAGCAUCCUAGGGAUCGAUUCGACAUCUGGUUCGUGGUGGUUUGCGGGCAGCGUAGUCGGGGCUUUAAGGCGAUGAAGGGCUUCUCGUCGCUCGAAGUGUUUUCGGGCAUAUUUCAUUUGGGAUAGUGGCAUGCAGGGAACAGGGACACCUCCCAGAAUCGAAAAUGGAAGCUCAUCUUCGCUCGUUAUUGCGAUUACGCUUUGGGGACCAAAGUCAUGGAUCCAUCUUUCUGGGCCACUGGCAUCCAUACACGGGAUUCUCAGCCUACGGCGCCGAUUGGAAGGCCUGUGCUCGUUGCAUAGGGCACACUGCAAAGAUCCCUUCCGGUGAGCUUCAAUUUGCUCCCGGAGCAUGCGAGCCCCACAACCGAAACAUGGCACUACGUCCAGAUCUUUGUGGUCUAACAAACCUGGUCCGGAUCGUCAAUGAAGCGGGAGGUGAAGCGGAGAAGAAGUAGUUAUAGCAAUAGAUCGAUCGGGCCCCAAUGUACGUUCGUGGUGAAAGCGAGAGGCAGUGACAAGUCGCCCGAUAGCGUUCGUACCGGAGGUAGCGCAUAAUCCCGUACUUUUCCUGUUGAGCACACUGACAUGUGGAGACUCGUAUGCAUGUCAAUGUGUCCGCGCUUGCCACGGAUAACCUCCUGACAUUCAAUAAGCUCGCAUCGGUCAGCAGCGGCGUCUUGAUAACUUCCUCGCAAGAUGCACAUGGCGAAAUUGUCGCAGUGAGAGAACUGGUAGCUGUUUUCAAGCACAGUGCGAGGCUUUCCGUCUCUUAAUUGAGCACACUACGCUCAUACAAGUUCG